ACCUAGUGCAUUGUAUACUUUGGCAAACUAAGAGCAACCCAGUUAGCAGCACAAGAAAUGGCCUCUGUUUCAAUGGCUAUGCCAAUUAUGUCUGCCACCCAAAACAGAACAUGCCAGCCAAGUGCAUUGUUGAAGUCUAUAGUCCCAGUUGGGCAGCCAAACAAGGCUGGGUUUGUGAAGCCAAAGUCCUCCACAGACAUGCUCAAGGUGCAGGCCUCUUUGAAAGAGAAGGCAGUCACAGGCCUAGCUGCAGCUGCAUUGACAGCUUCCAUGGUGAUACCUGAGGUGGCUGAGGCGGCCGGGGAUGGUGUUACCCCAUCUCUCAACAACUUUUUGCUUAGCAUUGCAGCUGGAGGAGUUGUGCUUGUAGGUAUCCUUGGAGCUGUUAUUGGGGUCUCCAACUUUGAUCCAGUUAAGAGAGUUUAAAGAAGAGGUUGAAUUCUUACUAAAAAUUUCUGGCUUUACUUUCUAUCUAGUCUUCUUCAUGUUGUACCUUCUUGGUUAUGCUUAUGUAAUUAGUAUGGUGCUCAUCUCUGUUAACUCAUAUAUGU